GCACUGCUCCUCUGUAAAUUGACCAUCCGGCUCCUUGUCUGAGGACUGCUGUGCUUCUGUCAGUGGAGGACUCACAUCUGACUGUACAAUAAUGGACGGAGGGCACCGCUAAGGAGCCGCAUCCAUGCUGUCUGGAGUUUACCGGGAAUAACUUGUGUAUAUUUUGGAUCUGGUCGCUUGGCUUUAGGUUAAACAAGUCAGACCUUGUUUUAAACAGCGUGAACUUCCCCGAGGUUCGCUCAGAUACUGGAUCGCAGGGAAUACGACAUCGAAGACUGCGACUGUUGUGAGGACAGAGGAUGGGGAGCCGGGGGCACUACCGGUACCACUGGCAGAGCCACAAUGUCAAACACAGUGGCGUGGAUGACAUGGUGCUGCUCAGCAAGAUCAAUGAGGACGCCAUCGUGGACAACCUCAAGAAGAGAUACAUGGAUGACUACAUCUUUACGUACAUCGGUCCCGUGCUCAUAUCUGUCAACCCCUUCAAGCAGAUGCCAUAUUUUGGGGAUAAAGAAAUUGAGAUGUAUCAAGGCGCAGCUCAGUAUGAGAAUCCUCCUCACAUCUACGCUCUGGCAGAUAACAUGUACAGAAACAUGAUGAUAGACCGUGAGAACCAGUGUGUCAUCAUUAGCGGCGAAAGUGGAGCAGGGAAGACUGUGGCAGCCAAAUAUAUCAUGGGCUACAUCUCCAGAGUGUCAGGCGGUGGACCUAGAGUGCAGCACGUCAAAGACAUCAUCCUGCAGUCCAACCCGCUGCUAGAGGCCUUCGGCAACGCCAAAACUUUGAGGAACAACAACUCCAGCAGAUUUGGGAAAUACUUUGAGAUCCAGUUCAGCUCCGGCGGUGAACCAGACGGCGGGAAAAUCUCCAACUUCCUGCUGGAAAAGUCACGUGUUGUCAUGAGGAAUCCUGGAGAAAGGAGUUUCCAUAUAUUCUACCAGUUGAUAGAAGGAGCCACCUCGGAGCAGAAGAAUAGCUUGGGAAUCACAAGCCUGGAUUACUACAGUUACCUCAACCAGUCUGGCUCCUACAAAGUGGACGACAUCAACGACAAGAGCGACUUCCAGGAGACAAUGAAAGCCAUGGAUGUGAUUGGCAUCGCACCAGAGGACCGCUCCAUGGUGCUUCAGAUCGUAGCCGGAGUCCUGCACCUGGGAAAUAUCAGCUUCAAGGAAUCGGGGAACUACGCUGCUGUGGAGAGCGAAGAGUUUUUAGCCUUUCCUGCGUUUCUGCUGGGGAUUGACCACAACCGUCUGAAGGAGAAACUGACGAGUCGAAAGAUGGACAGCAAGUGGGGAAGCGCGGUGGAGUCCAUCGACGUGACGCUGAACGUGGAGCAGGCGUGUUACACGCGUGACGCCCUCUCCAAAGCCCUGCAUUCACGUGUGUUUGACUUUCUGGUCGAGUCCAUCAACAAAGCCAUGGUGAAGGAUCAUCAGGAGUUAAAUGUUGGCGUGUUGGACAUUUAUGGAUUUGAAAUUUUCCAAAAAAAUGGGUUCGAGCAGUUCUGCAUCAACUUUGUGAAUGAGAAGCUCCAGCAGAUAUUCAUCGAGCUGACUCUAAAGGCAGAGCAGGAGGAGUAUGUGCAGGAGGGCAUCAAGUGGACUCCUAUAGAAUACUUCAACAACAAGAUUGUGUGUGAUCUCAUCGAGAGCAAAAAUCCUCCUGGCAUCAUGAGCAUCCUGGAUGAUGUCUGCGCCACCAUGCAUGCUGUGGGCGAGGGGGCCGACCAGACGAUGCUGCAGAAGCUCCGAGUCCAGAUCAACACCCAUGAACACUUCAACAGCUGGAAUCAGGGCUUCAUCAUCCACCACUAUGCUGGCAAGGUGUCCUACGACGCAGAAGGUUUCUGUGAGAGGAACCGAGACGUCCUCUUUACCGACCUCAUUGAGUUGAUGCAGAGCAGUGAAAUUAGCUUCAUCAGAGCACUAUUUCCGGAAAACCUCAAUGCUGACAAGAAGGGUCGACCCACAACUGCAGGCAGCAAAAUAAAGAAACAAGCCAACGAUCUGGUGAGCACACUGAUGAAAUGCACGCCGCACUACAUCCGCUGCAUCAAACCAAAUGAGACCAAGAAGCCCAGAGACUGGGAGGAAAGUCGGGUGAAGCACCAGGUGGAGUAUCUGGGUCUGAAGGAAAACAUCAGAGUGAGGCGUGCUGGCUACGCCUACCGCAGGGUCUUCAGGAAGUUCCUCAACAGGUACGCCAUCCUGACCAAAGAAUCCUGGCCAACAUGGCGGGGAGACGAGAAACAAGGCGUCCUUCAUCUCUUACGGUCUGUCAACAUGGACCAGGAUCAGUUCCAGCUCGGCCGCACCAAGAUCUUCAUCAAAGCCCCCGAGUCGCUGUUUCUGCUGGAAGAGACGAGGGAGCGCAAGUUUGACGGCUACGCCCGGGCCAUCCAGAAAGCCUGGAGGAAAUAUGUGGCCCGCAAGAAGUAUGUUCAGAUGAGGGAAGAAGCUUCCGAUCUGCUGCUAAACCGAAAAGAGAGGCGGCGACACAGCCUCAACAGAAACUUUGUAGGUGACUACCUCGGUAUGGAUGACCGGCCUGAGCUCCGGCAGUUUCUUGGAAAGAGAGAAAAGAUCGAUUUUGCGGACAAAGUCACAAAAUACGACCGUCGCUUCAAGGCAAUUAAGAGAGAUUUGAUCCUGACACCAAAAUCUGUGUACCUGAUUGGAAGAGAGAAGGUGAAACAGGGGCCAGAGAAAGGGCAGGUGACAGAGGUGCUGAAGAGGCGGAUCGAUGUGGACAAGAUCUUAGCGGUGUCUCUGAGCACAAUGCAGGACGACUUCUUGAUACUGCACGAGCAGGAGUACGACAGCCUGCUGGAGUGCAUUUUUAAGACCGAGUUCAUCAGCUUGCUUGCUCAAAGGUUUGAGGAGAAAACCCAGAGGAAGCUACCGCUUAAGUUCAGUAACACACUGGAGAUGAAGUUGAAGAAGGAGAACUGGGGCUUCUUGAGUGGCGGCGGCUCCAGGCAGGUCACAUUUGUCCAGGGUCAGGGAGACAUGCCUGUCCUGAAGCCUUCGAGCAAAUCUCUGCAGGUCAGCAUCGGACCCGGGCUUCCCAAGAAUACACGCCCAACCAGGAAGAGCUUCACUCAGAGUCGCUCAAACAUGUCCAGAAGCCACCAGCACACCCCAUCACGAGCUGCACCGGGACCUCCAGUUUCUCACCAGAACGGUGGCAUAAAAAACACCAACCAUGUCACCAAUCAGAGAAAUUCACAGCAUCACAGCAAGAGGCAUCCAUCGUCCCACAACUCAGCGCACCCGGUCCUGCCCAGCAACAUCAACCAGGUGAAGGAGCGAGGCGGCAGUCGCCAGCAGCCGAACUUAGACUGUCUGAGAGUCCCCGAUCAAGGAGCAGCAGGUCCUGGAGGCAGACCGCCCACUUCAAAUGGAGGAAUGGCCCACAGACCGUCAGCCAGCAGGCCUCCGCCGGGAGGAGGACGACCCAAGCCUGCACCCAAACCCAAGCCCCAGGUGCCCCAGUGCAGAGCUUUGUACGCCUACGAUGCUCAGGACACAGACGAGCUCAGCUUCAACGCCGACGACAUCAUCGACAUCAUCAAAGAGGAUGUGUCCGGGUGGUGGACAGGACGCCUUCGUGGGAAGCAGGGACUUUUCCCCAACAACUACGUCACCAAGAUCUAGGAGCUGCAGGUUUCACAGCACACGGAGGAGAGAACGCUUCAUCCCUGCUGACCUUCUCAGAGGAAGGGGCGGAGCUUAGAAGCUUACAGUUGGAGAGAGAAGCACAAUG